AUGAUGAUAGGAAGUUGGCUAAGUCCCUUUUUAUAUACGGACUAUAAAACUACUAGAUAUUUGUUUGGAAAAAUUGACGAGAAAAAUCCCAACUUUGAUCAUUUCGCUUUUAUUAUUCCCAACUAUGAUUUAUUUUUUAAUAAUCCAAACUAUUACACCCAAUUAUGUUACUGGGAUCUUAUAGAUUUGGGUAAGAAAUGUGGGGAGUAUAGAAAGAUUGAAGGAGUAUCAUAUUUAAUUCCAAACCUUACUUUAGUCAAUGGUUUAAGGAAGGUGAUUAAUGAUAAAGAUUGUUUGGAGUUGGCUAAUUUAGCUUCAAAAUUUAGGUGCGUGGAGGUGUAUUUGCUUCAUGGAUUAGAUGAACCACCUUUGGCAGAAGAUUCUACCACCGUAAACCAGUCUUUUAGACCUCAAAAAAUCCAACCAAAGAGGGGUCCAUCAUCUAAAACUGUCAUUACUCCAGUGAGGUCAAGUCCUAGGAAAAAACAAACAAUUUUUAUAAGUAAACAACUCACUGUUUCUGAGGAUUUUGCCACACCAGAAAAACUCCUUUCCAAAAAAGAUGCUGCCAGAUCAUCAUCCACCCAAAAAGUUGCUUCCACCUCACCAUUGAUGACUAAACAUACAUUAUCCACACAAACUUCAGAUCUAACCCCUGAAAUCCCUAGCUCUUUGCCAAUAUUUUCACAACCAGCAACAAACACUACUUCACUUCCUUCUUUUUCAUUUCCCACGCACUCUUCACCUCUACAAAAUGAUAGUGACUUUCUAAACUCAUAUGAGUGGAAUGAUCCAAGGCCUGAGAGUCCUUUAAAUUUUACUGAUCUGGUGGGAAAUUUUAGUGAUGAGAGUGACGACAAUGAUCCUAUCUAUGAUCCUUUUCAUGAUAAAGGGAAGUUGGUCUAUAAGAAGAGUGAGGUAAUUGGAGAAAUUUGUGAUGAUGUGGAGAGUGGUGAAGACUUUGGUUAUGAAGAUGGAGAUUUUGCAGAGACGGGUCAAGGUGGGGAAGAUGAUAAGGAUCUUGACUUCGAAGAAGAAGAAAAUGAACGGAUUAUCAAUGAGGAGUUGCAGUUUGAAUCGGAGAAUAGUGAUGAUGAAUAUAAAACAGCUAGGGAGAGAGUGAAGGCUUGUAAUAAUAAUCUUGUUGAACUAGCUCAACAACUUGAAAGAGAAGCAUAUAAGGGUAAGCUAGGUUCACAACAAGAAGCUGCAGAAAUCGGGGAAGGAGAAGGGCCAAGUGUUGGUGGAUAUGUGAGUGAGUAUGAGGAGAGUGAUGAUGAAAUACACACACCGCCUGAUAGUUCAGAUGAAGAUCUGAAAGUGGGUAGAAAAAUAAGACCGAGACUUCUUGUUAGCCCUCACACCGAUUUCUCACAGUUUAAGUGGAAAGUGGGGCAAAGAUUUGCAACACGAGAUAGUUUCAGACAGGCUGUGGCUAAUUAUGCAGUCUUACAGGGGAGGAAUGUGACAUUUAGAGUUAGCAACAAAAAAAGGCAGCAAAGGUUAGGAGUGAAGUGCGUUGAGAAUUGCCCUUUUUAUGUGUAUGCAUCUUGGGAAUCUAGAAGGGCAACUUUGAUUGUUAAGAGGGUGUUCAGUGAGCAUACAUGCCAUAGAAAUAUGAAGAAGAAUAGACAGUUGAAGGAUAGUUGGGUUGCGAAACAAUUUGUUGAUGUCUUUAAGAGUAGACCACAUUGGCCUGCCAAAGAAAUUAUGGAGUGUAUUAGACGAGCAUAUAAGGUGUUGGUCAAAAGAGAUUUCGCUUACAAGGUCAAAUAUGCAGCUCAUAGGUUGUUACAUGGUUCUAUGCAUGACCAUUACAACAAAGUUGAGAGUUAUGUGGCUGCAUUGAAGGCUUGUAGUCUUGGUACGCACUUAGACUUAGUUACCGAUGUGACUAAGCAACCAUUCCCACCUGUGUUUCAGAGAUUGUUUUGUUGUUUUGAAGGUCUGCAAAAAGGAUGGAAGGAGGGAUGUAGGAAGGUAUUGUGUGUAGAUGCAUGUUUCUUGAAAACAUUUUUAGGUGGAGAACUACUUUCUGCUGUUGGGAGAGAUGGAAAUGAUCAAAUGUUUCCCGUGGCUUGGGCAGCUGUGGAAGGUGAAAACAACCUUUCACGGGAGUGGUUCUUUGACCAGUUAAAGUCAUGUCUUAAUCUAGGUGAAGGAGAAGGCAUUGCAAUCAUUUCUGAUGAGCAUCAGGCUAUUUUAAAUGGUGUAAAAAAUGUCUUCCCGAAAGCAGAACAUAGGCAUUGUGCUAGACAUAUCUUUGCCUUGUGGCACAAGACCUACAGAGGGGAUGAGAUGAAGCUGCAAUUUUGGAAAAUUGCAAAGGCUUUCAAUCUGGCAGACUACAAUGACGCCUUAGCUGAAUUGGAAGCGAUCAACAUAGAUGCUGCCACUGAUUUUAAAGGAUACAAUCCAAGAUUUUUUUGCAGAGCCUACUUAGAUCCAACCAUCAGGACAAAUGCAAUUACUAACAAUAUGGCAGAAACCUUUAAUGGUUAUAUAAUCCAAGCAAGAACAAAGCAUCUCAUCUACAUGUUAGAAGACAUUAGAGCUGCCCUUAUGCAGAGAAUGGUUUCCAAAAGGCAGGAAAUACAAAAGGCAACGUCUAUCCUUUGCCCAAGGAUUCAAGCACGGUUGGAAGAUGAGAAGCUCAAGGCUGCAAACUGUGAUGUUAUUCCAUCGAGUGAUCACCUCUUCAAUGUUAAUUACUACCUUGAUAAGCUGGUGGUUGACUUAGAAGCAAAAACUUGUACAUGCCGAAAAUGGGAUAUGGUUGGAAUCCCUUGCUGCCAUGCUGUUGCUUGUAUCUACUUCCAGAAUAAAGAAGCUGAGGAGUUUGUUGAUGACUACUAUAAGAGGGAUUCAUACUUGAGUGCUUAUGCAGGCUCCAUUCCACCAUUGGAGGGAGAAAGGCAUUGGCCUAGAAUUCAGAGCCACUUAGACCCACCACCCAUUAAGAUAGGCCCUGGAAGACCUAGAAGAAAUAGGAUUAAGGAUCCUUUUGAAAACCCCAAAAAGCCUGGUUCAUUGAACAAAGUUGGUGUGGAGAUGACAUGUAGUUUGUGUCUUUUCAAAGGGCACAAUAAAAGAAGAUGUCCAAAUAGGGACACAACUAUUCCAAGAGAACCGGCUCCAAAAAGACCAAGGGGGAGACCAAGGAAUGAUGGCCAACAACCACAUUCAAAGGCAACAUCAAGUUCAACUACUGUUAUUUCUUCUGCACAUCCACAAAACAACACAUUGUCGGUUCAGUUGCAGGAUACACAACCGUCCCAAGCACACCACUCAGCAACUUCCCAACCCAGCCAACUUGGCAAAGGUGGAAGGAUGAUCAGAGUUGGUAAGGGAUCAAGGGGUGGAAGCACCAGUGGCGGAAGAGGGAAAGUAAAUGCAAAUAGUACUGGAAAAGGGAAAGGGGUUGCAAACACAGCAGGAAGAGGAAGAGGGGGUCUGAAUGGAAGUAAAACAGGUCAAGGAAGAGGUAGAGGAAAAGGAAAAAAUCAGGUACCAGUUGGUGUUGGAAUUUACAUCGCAGAUGAUGGUUCAACACUAACAAAUCUUCCUACAAAAUCUGGUAGACCAAGGGGUAGGCCUAGAUUGGUUAACGAGCAACCCAUCUUUGCAAGCCAGCCAAGCCAAGCAUCCACUCUAUGUCAACCAACUCAGUAAAUGGAUGAAAAAUCAACAACUUAUCUAACUUUUUGAAACCAAAACAUAUCAGUUAUAUUUUGAAAUUCACCAGUUCUAACGUCCAAGAUUUAACUGGUUUUCAAGUGUUUUUUGCUCGUAUAUUUAACCUUGGAGAAUGCCAUUGAGUUUGUUGGAACUUAGAUUGUAUUUUGACAUUUUUUUGGACCUUGUGUUAUUUGUUUAAUUUGGCACAUUCUGUAGCAUUAUUAGGGGUGAAAAAAACCCGAUUCGACUCAACACGAUCCCUAGUUUGACUA